CUUAUCUAUAAAUAUGUGAAGCCCACUGCUGCUAUCACGAACUCGCCAUAGAGGGAGCAGUAAGCAGUGGCAACACGUGCAAUCGUACAUCAUCGCCACCACGAGAAGAGAGGGAGAGAAUGGAGGUGGCGGCCAUGGAUGAGACGAAGGUAAGGAAGAAGGGUGGCCUGAGAACAAUGCCCUUCAUCUUUGCCAAUGAGGUGGCGGAGAAGCUCGCCGUGGUGGGCUUCUCGACGAACAUGCUCAUCUACCUCACCCAGCAGAUGCACAUGCCGCUCGCCAAGGCGGCCACCACCCUCACCAACUUCGGCGGCACCUCCGCCAUGACCCCGCUCAUCGGGGCCUACCUAGCCGACGCCGUCAUCGGCCGCUUCUGGACCAUCGCCGGCGCCUCCCUCGUCUACCAAGUCGGGAUGGCGCUCCUGACGGUGUCGGCCGCGCUGCCACAGUUCCGUCCUGCGCCGUGCAACACCGCCAUCGCCGGCGGCAGCACGUGCGAGCAGGCUCUGCCGUGGCAGCUGGCGGUGCUGUACGUCUGCCUGUUCCUGAACUCGGUGGGCGCCGGCGGGUACCGGCCCUGCAUCGUGGCGUUCGGCGCCGACCAGUUCGACGAGUCCGAGUCGGCGGAGCGGGCGCGCACCUGGGGCUUCUUCAACUGGUACUACUUCUGCAACGGCGCGUCCAUGCUGGUGGCUGUGACGGCGGUGGUGUACGUGCAGGACAACGUGGGCUGGGGCUGGGGCCUCGGCGUGCCGGCGGCGUGCAUGGGCAUCUCCCUCGCCGCGUUCGUCGCGGGCUACCCGAUGUACAGGCGGCUCCAGCCCGUGGGGUCACCGUUCACGCGGCUCGCGCAGGUGGUCGUCGCCGCCGUCAGGAAGCGGCGGGUGGACAGGGCGGGCGGGGAGACGGGGAGGCUGUACGAGAACGACGAGAUGGACGCGCCCAUCUCCAUGUACGGCAAGCUCGUGCACACCAGCCAGCUCCGCUUCUUCGACCGCGCUGCCAUCAUCACUGAUGGCGACCUGUUCAUGGCGGAGGCCACUUCAGGAAAGCAGCCGCCAGCCCCUGUCCCCAACAUGUGGCGGCUGAGCACGGUGCACCGAGUAGAGGAGCUCAAAUCAGUAAUCCGCAUGGGACCGAUCUGGGCAGCAGGCAUCCUUGUGAUCACUGCAUCGUCGCAACAGGGCACCUUCUCCUUGCAGCAAGCCAGCACCAUGGACCGCCGAGUCGCGCCGCACCUGUCAUCCUUCCAGAUCCCUGCAGGGUCGAUGACCGUCUUCUCCUUGCUGCCCAUGCUCAUCACCCUCUUCGUCUACGACCGUGCGCUCGUCCCACUGGCCCGCCGCUACACGGGGCUCGACCGCGGCAUCUCCUUUCUCCACCGCAUGGGAAUAGGGUUCACCAUCUCCGUGGCGGCUUCCCUCGUCGCUGGCUUCGUCGAGCGCCACCGUAGGGAGGCCGCGGCAGCUGGGGGGACCACAGAUGCAGGGACGGCCCCGCUGUCGGCGUACUGGCUGGUGCCACAGUACGCCCUGCACGGGAUAGGGGAGGCGUUCAACUCGGUGGGACACCUCGAGUUCAUGUACGACCAGGCGCCAGAGAGCAUGCGGAGCACAGCGACGGCGCUCUUCUGGCUCUCCAUCUCGCUGGGGAGCUACGUGAGCACACUGCUCAUCACAGUGGUGCACCGGUGGAGCGCCGGCCCUGAUGGAUCCAACUGGCUGCCGGACAACAUCAACCAUGGCAAGCUGGACUACUUCUACUGGGUUGUGACGCUGCUGCAGGUCAUGAACCUGGUGUACUACCUGAUAUGCGCUAGGCAAUACAAGUUCAAACCCGUGCAGCACCACAAGGCGGGGGAGGUGGAUGACAAGUCCAUGGUGGAGCUGCAAGAAAAUGUUUGAGUGAGUAACAACAUGCAAUCUAGUACUCCCUAUGUUGUCUAUGCAGGUACAGGUCUAGCUAGCUAGAAGAAGGUAGAUAGAUCUGUGGAGAUUGAGGUAAAUGCAUAUGUAAUUCAGGAUUUGUAUGGAGAUCAGGAACAGAGAGUAAUGUUGCUGAUUCACUAGCUAGUUGAGCUAAUAUCAGGUUUCAAGAAAUUUGUAGUUCUGCUCGCUAUGCUUAAAGUUAAUAGCUCGGGAUGAGGGUUGUUCAGGUUA